GGAUGCAAGGUCCUGGGUGGGCUUGGCCAGGGUCGGUGUCAGAUGAUGGCCAGCGUCAUCCUACAGCGAUUCCUCGCUCCUCCUCCCUCCCCGGGAGGUUUCGCCGAAGGGCUUAGGCGACCCGUUCUGCUCCUCCCUCUCCUCCUCCUCCUCCUCCUCCUCUUCCUCCUCCUCCUCCCUCCUCUCCCUCCUCCUCCUCCUCCUCCUUUUUCCUGCUUCCUCCUCCUCGUCCACUCGUCGUCCUCCUGCUCUUCCUCCUUCUCCUCCUCGGGUCGCCUACGGCCCCGGGGGAAGUCAUCCACUUCCCCCCCGCUGUUCUUCGCCGCGGCCUUCCCGCCGUGGAGGUACCGCAGCAAGUACCAGCCCGCGCAGGAAUGCUACGACGCCAUCCAGGGCGGCUCGUGCUAUAUCGCCAGCGAGUGGGCGAGGAUUGUUGGCGUGCAGAAGCACCCGAGCUGGUACGACGCCAUCUCGGAGCCAGGCAGCUCGCGGACUUCCAGCAGAAGCCCGCGGGCAGUUCUGCGGGCUUCGUUGAUCCUUCGCAUCACCGUCAUUCACGUUACGUUCCAGUUCAAGGCGAAGCGCAUCAGUACUGUGGAAGCCGUGGACCAGGAGAGCAAGACCGUGGUGCUUAAGGCUUUCGGGUCUGCAGUGCCGUGGUCGACCGUCGAGGCGCCGUGGGCUGUCGGCCAGGUCGUGUUCCUCAAGAAUUGGACGGUCUCUAUUUAUAAAGGUGCCGCCCAGCUGCUCUGCGGGAAAGAGUCGCGAGCCUGCGUCGUCCCCCCCGACCGCAUCCCCGUGGGCUGUGAACCGGGCGACGAUCUCCUGAACAUCACGUCGGUCGAGGAGGCGGUUGCCGGGAACAUGGCCGCCAACCUCACAGUGGAAGUUUUGGAGUCCACAGACCCAGAGCCUUCCGCUCAGGAGGUCCCGAAGAUGGUGGCGGAAGCCAGCGUGAAGGACACGGAGUCAGGCGUCGUGACGCGGAUCCUGAUGUGGUCCGAGCUGGCGACGCACUUCGGCCCGUUGACCAAGGGCGACGUCAUCGUGAUCAGGGAUGUUCAGUUUCGCGAUGGCGUUGGGCACCUCUGGCCAGGUCGGUCGUUCAUCGAGGUGCAGGACACUGCGCGUGAAAACGAAGAGGCGGAAAGCUGAGUGGUGACGGAGAGCGAUUUUCCCGGCCGCCGUGUGUAUAUAUGUUUGAAAUCUUGGCGCGGAGCCCGUUUGAACGCUUUGAGGUGGCACCGCCAUGUGCUUGGGCGCCGGUGCGAUGGACAACGCUUGACGUUGGUCCUUGCCGUCAUAUGUAUAUACGUUUGAAAUCUUUGCGAUGGGCCCGUUUGAAUUUUUUGAGUGGCCCCGCCGUGUGCCUGGGUGCCGUUGGUGUACGUUAUUUUGAACUUCCGACCACGGCGAGCUGGAUAUGCGUGGUAUACGUGUCAGUCAUCAGUGAGCAAUAAAUGGGCUCAGCAAUGUGUGGGCUCAAGAGCCGCGACGCCAGCCGAUUGCAGGCAGCUCACUUUCCAUCCCAAUCGCAUCCCGACCGCUCUGUGUAGAUAGGUGUUUGUUCUGGGACGGCCACGACGCCCGCCCGCGUCAACUCGUGGCGACCGCUCCGCGGUGUACAGCGCGGUGCUCGGCCACAAGAUGCGGCAAAAGAGUGCGGCGUCGAGCAGCGCUAUUGGUUCCGUCGUCGUCG